GGCGCGGGGCAGCCGAGCUGCAGCAGACGUCAUAAAAGGCACACACACACACACACACACUUGAAUAAAUCCCAGUUUAAUUAGCGCUUGCUGCUGUGUUGUGGGAGGUCAGUGUGCGUGUGUGUGCGAGGAGGCGCACCAGCGCUCUGUUAACGACAGGAAACCCCUGGUUAAGCCUUGUGGUAGGCCUAAUCGGCCAAUUGAGUCGAAGAGCAAUCACAAGGCACACGGGGGGCGAGCCUGGGUGCACCAAGGCGCCGCGGGUUGAGGUAGGCAAAGGUCGUCGAACCCUCUGCCUGCCUGCCUGCCUGCGCCACACCCUGCCGCUGCAUCAUCGGUGCGCAUGCACCGCCACCUGCAGCGGCCAGCAUCCGCGACUCGGCCAGCUUUUCCUCUUCUCUCGCUAUUUCUUUCUCCUCACAUCGCAGCUCGUUCGUCGUUUGCGCAAUCAGAUAAAAAGGCAUGCAGCCGGUCGUCGACCCUUGCUGGCGGCGGGCGGGGUCGGCGAACCCUGCAGGGGUGGGUCAAGGACGCGCAAUCGGAAGUGUGAGCAAGAGAGCUCACAUACGUAGGUGAGUUGUUCCGGUGGGGAGUUGUUCCGAAGAAAACGGCUAGUUGAUCUAGGCGCGAAUAAUUUUAUAUGCAUGCCAAUAAGUAAAAAAACCAAGUAUAUUGUACUGGGUUCUUCAAAACUAAAAAUCAACGUAGUGAGGAAAUUGUAGUAAAAAUAUUACGCUUUAAUGGUAAUUUACGAAAAAAAAUAUUUAAAAAAAUCUGGUUGAUUUGAAUCUACCAUUAUAGUAAAUAGAGACCUCGUGCAAAAACUUGAAACGUUAAAAUAAGUAUCAUUUAACAUUCUGCCUUUAUAUUUCAUUACAAUUGUAUUUUCAUUGAAUUCAUUACUAACUAAUUUUACAAACUUUUACAUUUUUCAUAUUUAUUUAUUGAUUUUGUGGUAGAAUUUCACGAUUGAGGGUUGAUUCAUGGUGAUUUCAAUUUAAAGUCGGCUUUCCCUCGUUAGGUUUUGUGAGGUGUUAAUUGUUUAAGAAAAACAAAAAAUCCUUCUCUACAUGUUUCGGCUGUGGGCUGCAGCCUCAAUUCAUUAGCUUUCUUGGCGGUUGUCGAGAGGAGACUUAAAAAAAAUUGAAUAUUAUUUCUUUUCUUAAACGAUAAGCAACGCACAAAGCCCAUAGAGGAAAAGCUGACUUUAAUUUCAAAUCACCAUUAUCGAUUGAUGAUUGAUGUUUUUUGGUGAUUUAGAUUAUUAAUGAUUUUCCAAACUCCAUAUUUUUUAAUCACGUGACUUUGAAGACUCGGGAUUAUCUAACUGUGAAAAAAAAUACUUAAAUUAAUUAGUUAUAUUACAUAAUAAUUGUAUCCAAAAUUUACCUGCAGGUAAAGGCAACGCCUAAAUAUAGCCUGGGAACAAUUCCCGUAGCUAAAAGGGGGCAUGGCUACUCUCUUGUGAUUGGCCGGAAUAACUCUCCGUUUUUAAUGUAACAACUCCCCGCUGGAACAACUCACCGUAUACACCCGAGCGGGCGGCCUGGAUUAGAGGCGCACUGCAAGCGCAGAGGUUGUUGACCGAGCGGCCCACUUUCACGUACACUCGCGAGUGGCAGCAACAACGACGACGGCAUUAGCACAGUGCUCGGCUGCACAUAUAUAUCCUCACACGCAUCGGGCCUGUGACGAGUGAAAGUGGAAAAUCAAAUUCAGAUUUUCAGGGUCCGCGGGCGGGCACGCGGGCGGACGUUGAACCAGGCAGUUUGCUGAUAUAGCAGCGACCGGCCGGGCAAUCGCUUUCUAUUAGGAGGGUUAAUUAAAAAUUAUUGCGAGGUGAAAGUGUCUCGGGGGCAACAAAGGAAGGCAUCAACCUCUCUCGCGGCGCCACUCAAUUAUAUACCGAACGAUACGCGCAAGUUCUCUCAAAACUCGAUCGGCUCGCUCGCGAACUUAAUAACUUAGCGCUUGCAUAUGUAUCUUUUCCCUUCUCUCUCUCUCUUUUCGCGUCUCCUCUCUCUUCAUGUCUACCUCUCCAUUUACAUAACAUUACCCGGGAAGGAUGCGAUUAUUAUUUCGUAAGACGACGGACGGGCCGGCCUGGAUUCAGGAGAUUCGCUGCUCUCUAGGUCCGGGUCGUUGAACUCGAGAGACGCCCACGAGUCAGUCGCAGCACUGGGUCAGGCGGCCAGACCCAACCACGGCCUGGAUCUCCCUACCGCCCGACCUUUAUUUCUGUCAGCCGCUGACACCCAUUCGGGUCGUCGACCCACAACAAACCCUGCCACCCUUUUCUUCUCUUCGCUCUUUGUUGGCGAAUUUCUUCUCUCCUCCGCGUUCUCCCCCCUCCGCGCGCGUCACGAUACCGUCGUCGCUCUACACGGCGCGCGUUACCCGCGCCGCGAGUCGAUCGCGGGCUCUCUGCGGCCAUGGUGCCUCCCAGGACCAACCCAGCCCUGCUCAGCGACGCGAGGAACAAGUCGCGCCAGCUGCUUCUCAGGGCGGACAGCACGAGUGUUCAUUUUCCUGCCGAGCAGCGUCAACAUUUGGGCCCCCAGAAACCAGUGGAGCUCGUCUUCAGCGGGGUCUCGGUCACGGUCAACCGGCGGCGCAUCCUCAGGGAUGUCAGCGGCGUGGUGCGACCCGGCGAGCUGCUCGCCGUCAUGGGCCCGAGCGGUUGCGGCAAAACGACGCUGCUUAACGCGCUCUCAGGCCGCUGCAGACUCGACUCGGGCAGUAUUCGACUCAACCGCGAGUGUCUCAACAAAAGAUGGAAGCGGCGGAUCUGCUACGUCCUGCAGCAGGACAUCUUUUUCACUGACCUCACCUUAAGACAAACCCUAGAGUAUGCAGCCAGACUCCGGUUACCUGAUACAAUGUCGUACUCUCAAAAAAUGCAGCACGUGGACCACAUUAUUGACGUGUUGGACCUCGAGUCAUGCCAAGACACAAUUAUUGGAGAUUAUUUGGAGCGGGGCCUUUCGGGGGGCGAGAAGAAGAGAGCCAACAUAGCCUGCGAACUGCUGACCAACCCCUCCAUAAUGCUCCUCGACGAACCAACCUCAGGGCUCGACUCACACUCAGCCUUCAGUCUCAUGUCCAAUCUCAAGAACUACGCCGAGACCUCGGGGAAAACGGUGGUGGUCACCGUGCACCAGCCCUCGUCACAAAUCUUCCACAUGUUCGACAAACUGCUGCUGCUGUGCAACGGCCAGACCGCGUAUUUCGGGGCGGUAAACAAGGUGGUUGACUUCUUCAACGGGAUCGGCUUAUCAGUGAUGCCCCAUUACAAUCCCGCAGACUUUAUCCUUGAGCAGGUCAAAGGGUCAGACGAGCUGCGGGACCGAAUCAUCCAGGCGUCGAAACAGGCGCGCAACCAGCCCGACUACCCUCAAGAACUUCUGCCCGACUUCGUUCCCAACUCUAUCUGUGAUAACAAAUACUUGUACCAGGAGAGCCGUCUCCAGUCAAAUGGUCACAUAGGGUCCAGCAGGUGCCCUUCGUGUCCUCCAGUCCACAUCAGUUGCGUCCACUCGGGGGGCCAGCGACCCUCGCUGUGCGUCUCCGCGGUGAGCGAAAAACAAAGUGUCUACACUGCCGUAGAUUGCAACUGUCGAAUAAGAGAAGAAGAGGGCCGGUCCCUGUGGAUGGACAACCAGAGUCACGGCUCGACCAGCAGCACCUCAGACGACGAACUCAGUUGGCCGACCAGUUUUUGGACUCAGUUUAAAGUGUUGUCGCAGCGCAACUUCCAGGAAGCGCGUCCGCGAAUGCUGUCCAAGCUCAACUGGAUCCAGACGGUGGCGCUCGGGGUCCUGGCGGGACUCCUCUGGUUCCAGCUGGAGAGGAAGGAAGAGUCCCUGCACGACAUCCAAGGGUGGAUGUUUUUCUCCACCACCUACUGGAUGCUGUUUGCUCACUUCGGAGCCCUCUCAUCCUUUCCCCCGGAGCGAGAGGUGAUAAACAAAGAGCGUCUGUCCGGCGCGUACCGUCUUUCCGCUUAUUACCUGGCCAAGAUGGUGGGCGAGUUACCUCUGACCAUGACCUUGCCUGCUGUCUACCACGUGAUUUCCUACCCCAUGCUGGGUUUCCACAGCCCCUCGGUGUUCCUGACGCUAUUGGCCUUCUUGCUGCUCAACACAAUCGUGGCUCAGAGCGUGGGCUUUUUUGUCGGAGCGUCUUGCAUGGACAUGCAGGUCUCCAUUACCAUCAGCGCUCUUUACACGCUGGCCACACAACUAUUUGGCGGCUACUUGGCCACAAACAUCUCUUCGUGGCUCAAGUGGCUGCAAUACCUCAGCAUGGUACACUACGCCUACCAGAAUAUGCAAAUAGUAGAGUUCAGCGAAGGCUCGCCUAUUCAGUGUGCACUGCAGUCGAAAUUCGAGAUAUGCGCAAAUCAAACGACCAUCCCCGUGGAAGCCAUCCUGGAGGUGCAGGGGGCGAACCUGCCUCUGUGGGCCAACACGCUGGUGCUGCUGCUGUUCCUGUUGGUGUUCCGCGUGCUGGGCUACGUGGUGCUGCGCUACUUCCGCCGGCCCAAGUGAAGAGAGACAUUCCUCAAGUGCCUUGAUGUGCCAAGUGCUUUUAAUAUUAAAACACACGAAACUCUUUCCCACCUUGACACGCAGCCUUUUAUUUUCAUUUCCCGCGCCUCACCGCGCACAGUGACAAUGGAAGCAAAAGCAGAGUGGUGAUCAGGACGCCGAUCACGUCCAGGCUGUGACGCUGCCACCAGGAGAGGCGCCGCCCCGCCGACUGCAGGUGUCGCGCGCCCUUGUGGCGCAGGACGUACUCGACCCAGAAGACGGCACGCUCGAGGGGCGGUUGCGCCUGGUCGCGCAGCAGAAGGGCUCGCUGCUCCGUCGCUUGUUUUAUCCUUUGCAAAGAAAACAGAGUUGUUUAUUUUCAACAAUAAAUACGAAAUGUCAAAAGUAUGUA